UUAGCGACUGGUCACACUGGUGCAACAAAAUGAGAAAUAAAGUGAAACCAAAUCGUAAAUAAAACAAAACUUUGUGCAAAUUGAAGGCCAGCGGAACGUCCGGACUUGCGACGCACACGAUAACAAACGCAUAACGCAUUUAACAUACGGCACAGCAUCGGGGGACUCGCAUGCAGCAGGCUAAAUAACAACAGAUCGGACGGACAACAAUUGAAAUACACCAGGCAGAAAAAUCAUCAGACUCUCACAGCGACAGCAGUAGUAGUUUCGAGUUGCCAUGUCAGCUCCACUCGCACGAAACUGGCCCUAUAUAUGGCAACAGCUGAACGCCCUGCUGCACAACACCUCGCCGGUGAUAACGCUAAUCUGUGUGGUCACCACAUUCGGCUACCUGCUCUCCUUCUCGGAGCAGGCCAUCCUCCUAUUGAGCGUCACACCCGGCUACAUAUUGCCGAAUGGAAAAUUCUGGAUAUGGACUGCAUUCACAUUCUGUUUCAUCGAGCUGCACUGGUGGGAGGUGGCCGUUGAUGUCGUCACUGUUGGGCUGUGUGGCAAGAUGCUCGAGCCGCUCUGGGGCCAGCUGGAGAUGUUCAAGUUCUUUGCGCUGAGCAAUUUUGGCGUCUCGCUGCUGACGACCAUCUACUAUUUAUUCUACUACAUGGUGACCAAGAAUCCAACCAUUCUAUUCGAUGUGCACAUCCAUGGCCUGGCCGGCUAUGUGGCUGGCAUUUGUGUGGCCGUGCGGCAAAUAAUGCCCGAUCAUUUGAUCUUCAAGACCCGCUACGGACGUCUGACCAAUAGGAACGUACCCCUCACCGUGCUCAUAAUGGCAAUUAUUUCAUGGGCUAUUGGCCUGCUGGAUGGCACAUAUCCGGCCAUGUUUGCCUCCGGCUCUCUGGUCUCCUGGAUCUACUUGCGUUUUUAUCAGCAUCAUCCGAAUGGGCGUGGCGACAGCUCGGAGAGCUUCACAUUUGUUAGCUUCUUUCCGAAUGUUUCGCAGCCGUUUAUCAGCGUUUUGGUUAAUCCCAUUUACAACUGCUGUUUGCGGGCGGGCGUGGUCAAAACGCCCACGCCAUUGCGCACGAUAUCAACGGCCAGUCUGACGUCGAUCUCAGUGCAAAUGCCCGGUGCGGAUCCGCAUGAUAUUGAGCGCAGGCGUCAAAUUGCUUUGAAGGCGUUGAGUGAGCGCUUGAAGGCCACCGAUUCCACGCGGCACGCCCAGCUGCCCAAGUCGUAUCCCCAGCAGCCGCAGCUGCAGCAGCAUCACCAUCAUCAGCACCAGCAUCAGUCUCAUCAUCAUCAGCAGCAGCAGCAGCAGCAGAAGCAUCACACUCACAGCCAUGGAGCUGGACACACACACAGUCAUGGGGCUGGACACAGUCAUAGUCAUAGUCAUGGUCCUGGGCCGGCACAGACACCGCAGCCCGAUUUCCUGAAGCCCAGCAGCACUUCCACUCAGCUGCCCAUCACAACGUCGCGGGCCGAGCCGCGUAUGAUAAGCACCAUGAGUACCAUUGCAAUACCAAUGCCGGCGCCGCCAACCAAAGAUGGCAACGCUGCUGCUGCUGCUGCCGUGGCUGGAGUAGAGGAGCCCACAGCAGCUGGUGUAGCCGCUACGCUAAUCAAUUUGGAUGACGUGCCGACAACGUCAUCAUCGGCUUAGACAAGUGUUUCUUCGUUUUGAACAUAAAUGAAUUUUUUGAUAUUUAAAAGAAUGAUCUAAUUAAUGA